GCUGACGCCGGUAGUCGCUGUGUGCUUGGAGCGGGGCCUGGGCAGCGGCGGCGUCGUAGGAGCUCCCGCUGCGUCCGCCUGCUCCGGGGCGGGGGCUGCGGCAGCGAAGCCCCCUCCCCGGGGAGGCGGGGCCUGGGGGAGCUCCCCGGUUGGGGAGCCGCGACAGCUUGGGAGGAUGCAUCAGAAGCUGCUGAAGAGCGCGCAUUACAUCGAGCUGGGCAGUUACCAGUACUGGCCGGUCCUGGUGCCCCGCGGCAUUCGUCUGUACACUUACGAGCAGAUCCCCGUGUCCCUCAAGGACAAUCCGUACAUCACCGACGGCUACCGGGCUUACCUGCCCUCCAGGCUGUGCAUCAAAAGUUUGUUCAUUUUAUCUAAUGAGACAGUCAACAUCUGGAGUCACCUGCUGGGUUUCUUUCUCUUCUUCACACUGGGAAUAUAUGACAUGACAUCUGUGUUACCUUCGGCAAGUGCCUCCAGAGAAGAUUUUGUAAUUUGUUCUAUUUGUCUUUUCUGCUUCCAGGUCUGUAUGCUUUGCUCUGUGGGCUAUCAUCUUUUUUCCUGCCAUCGAUCAGAAAAAACCUGUCGAAGAUGGAUGGCAUUAGAUUACGCAGGAAUUUCUAUUGGAAUACUGGGCUGCUAUGUCUCUGGAGUAUUUUAUGCAUUUUAUUGUAAUAAUUACUGGCGUCAGGUGUACUUGGUCACGGUGCUGGCCAUGAUCCUGGCCGUGUUCUUCGCGCAGAUCCAUCCCAAUUACCUCACCCAGCAGUGGCAGAGGCUCCGUUCCAUCAUCUUCUGUUCUGUUUCGGGAUAUGGAGUGAUUCCUACUCUUCACUGGGUUUGGCUCAAUGGAGGGCUGGGUGCUCCUAUUGUACAGGACUUUGCACCCCGUGUGGUUGUGAUGUACGUGAUCGCUCUUCUGGCUUUCCUGUUCUACGUUUCCAAAGUUCCAGAGCGCUACUUUCCAGGACAACUCAACUACCUCGGUUCAAGCCACCAAAUAUGGCACAUCCUGGCAGUGGUGAUGUUGUACUGGUGGCAUCAGUCCACAGUGUAUGUCAUGCAGUACAGACACAGCAAGCCUUGUCCAGACUAUGUUUCUCCCUUGUGAAUUCAGGUAUGGCCACCUGGUGUGUUCAGUUGUUAAGCAAUAUGUAACGGGGAGUUGUAUACCCCAAUAUUUCUAAGAGCCCCUUAGUUUUUCCUUUUUCCUGUUUAAUAUCUCAUGAGUGAUGCUUUAUAAAACUGGAAAAGUACACUUCUGGAUCUGUAAUAGUAACUGCUUUAUAGGCCCUUAAAACUACUAAUUUGCCGCUUCUCCAGAAAGUAAAAAUUAGUUGGCAUUCAAAAGAAACAUCUGAAUACCAGUGAAUGUGAAACUAGUGUAGAAAUAGUAAUCAUUUCACUUAACACCAGCUUAAUUUCCUUAGGAAGGGCUCACCUCCAUUAUAAAAUGGAGUCAUCCUAUGUGAUUCCUUUAACUGAAAGUAUUUUAGUAGAUGAUCAAGUUCAAGUGCCUAAUCAAGGCAAGGGUUGCAAUAGCCUAUGCUUAACACGAGCUAGGAUAGUGAUUUCAGAUCAUCACUAGCUUUUAACUACAUGAUUUGUGAGAAACUGGCACAUAAGAUACUUUCUUUAGUUGUGGGUUCUCUUCUCCCUAGGAACGUGGAUUUUUUAGUUUGCUAGAACAAAAACUGUAAACCUCUUCUUUAAGUUGAAAGAGGUGUUGAGUUGAGGAAAGAACUUGCAUUACCAUUUCCCAUCAGAUAAGAAUUCAUUAAAAACUGAGUACGUGAUCAGGUGACAAAUUCUAUAGUCUGAUAACAAGUAAUUAGCCAUUUAAGCUUUUCAAUUUCAAAUAAUAUUCUUUAGUCCAUGUAAUAAUUGAACUCUUGUCAGCAGAUUGCAGAUUUACGGUUCCACACCCCUGCUGCAGCAGAGCUCGCCCCUCUCUGAAUUUGCAGUCCUGACUGCCCUGAUGGUGGGGUUCCCGGCUAUAUGGGUGCUACUUCCAAGGCCAGAGUCCAGAUGGCCCAGUCUUGACCCUGCAAUGAACCUUAAGCCUUAGAACAAAGUCAUGCAGAUGCCCCAUUCGAUGGUGUAUUAUUCACCUGUGCUCUGAGACAUUAAAUUGGCAUUUUAUCGUAUAUACUUAAAAAACAGGUCUCAAUGCCCUAUCUUAAAACAUAACACUCUUGUUCUUUGGUCUUUUUCAUAUGCCUAAAUUAAAUCCCUUAAAGCAGUCACUUAUAAAAACAUGUUGUUUAUUGGAAUAGAAAAUACUACCCAAGUUUCUUAAUGGGUUAACAUGAGCUGCUUUAAAUAUUGGUGUAUCUUGAGGACCUUGGAAUUACUAAAUAUCGGAAGUGUUGACUGACCAUGAACGCUUAUUCCCAAAAUGCCAUUUGUACAUAUGAUACUAGGAAUGUUAACUUUAAUGUGCCUCAGUUUAUGCAUCUAUAAAAUUUUGUAUAUUUUUCAGUGUAGCGUUUUUGGGAAUAUAAACCCCCCCCAUGCACGAGCAUGGUACCUCAGCAAGGAAAGUUUUCCCCACUAGGCCAGGGACACGCCGUUCUCAUGAUGGAACACUGCUGUGGAGAUAGCUGCUUUAUCUCCUAGGGCCUGGUUUGAUUCGGGGGCUGAAUAGAAGAUUUUGAUGUAACGAUGAUAUAUUUUCCUUGUAACAUCCCUUACUGGGUACAUGAUAUUAUUUCUUUAAAAGACACUUUGUCAUUUUGGCCAAACAAUGACUCUUUACAAUUAAUUUAAAAAUGAAGGAAGGCGAAGUCUAGUUAUGUUAGGUCUGACACCAUUUUUGUUAUAAAAAUCUUCUCAAAAACAUAUUGAACAUUAAGGUUUAUUUUAAUUUUUAAAAAUAUUCCUUUUUUGGGUCAGUGUAUGAGUUAUUUAGUACUUGUCAUCUGAAUAGAUAAAAAGCAUAAUGUGUUUAAGACUGUUUUUUGAAUUGAAAAGGUCAGGAGAAUUAGACCAUGUAAACAUUUCAUUUUCUCAUGAAAGUGUCAAAUAUUGUUAAGAGAGCUAUCUUUUCUCAUUCUUAUCUUUACUAUGAUGUAUUUAUUAUAAUGUAGGGAAUGAAUGAAUGUGGAUUGCUGUCCACUAUAAACACUUCUGUAUAUCAGCAUUUAUUGACCACGUACUGUGUGCACAUCACUACUGGCAAAAUUUUUAAGACAUUGUUAACAUUAAAGAAUAACUAUUUAAAAAUUGCCUACAAAUCUGAGCCAGUAAUAAUGUAUAUUUAAGUUAUUUUUGUUUUACUAAUUAAAAUUGGAUUAAAAGUACACUAUUCAGCUACACUGCUAAAAAGAUUGGUUUUAAUUUUACCAAUAUGUAAACUAUAGAAGCUCUUUACUGAAGGACUUUACAUUUUAAAAUUAUCCAUCGCUGUUUUAAAUUGUCUGUAGUGAUUUAUAAGGUUGUAGUUAACUCAUUUAAGAGACAAUUAUCUUUCUAUAUAAAGGCAUUUUUAAAUAGCAAAAUAGUGCUUGUCUUCUUUGUCAUUCAACUGAGUGCAAUUCACAAGCUGCAUGGCAAAAUGUUAUUAUGUAAAUAAACUGGUUUACUAAAUA